GACGACGACGACGACGACGACGACUCGGUUCUGCGGACAUCGGAUGAGGAAGAAGACGAGGAGGAAGAGGAUGGGGAGGAUGGGGUCGAGCAUGUGUCUUUCCAGGAUGCACUUUCCCACAACGAAUGGGAUGACGUGUUUGAAGAUUCGGAUAGUUCCGACGACGAUUUUGACGACGACGAUGAUGAUGACGACGAGUCCGACGGGGACAGCGAAGACGGGCGGGUGCCGACUGGCGGGAGAGGGGACGAAUUGAGCCUGCGGAUUCCGGGGUCGUAUCCUCCCGAUGGCGCAGGUGGUGUGGAUGGGGCGGAGACGGUGGCCAAGCAGCAGAGUUUGCGGAGGCAGAUUGUGGGGAUACAGGGGGAUGAGGGGUUGAGUGCGCAGGAGAAGGCGAGGAAGAUCCAGCAACUGAUGAGCGGGAACUAUGCCAAGACGAUGUACAGCAAUACGCUGCCGAUCCCGUCGCUGGAGGCUGGGAUCGAGAGCUUGGGGCAGAUCACCGACGAAGAGAAGAUCAAGACUUGGCAUGAUUACGACGCCCAGAUUUUGGGCUGCAAGCAUUACCAGCGCGGGGCGAGGGUUCAGGCCCGAUGCUGCGGGAAAUGGUUCACCUGUCGGUUCUGCCAUGACGAGGUUUCUGAUCACAACAUGAACCGGCACCAAACAACAACAAUGCUCUGCAUGCACUGCCUCCACCCCCAACCCGCUUCCUCCACCUGCCUCCACUGCAGCACCCCGCUCGCAUGCUACUACUGCCCGACCUGCAAACUCUGGGACGACGACGCCACGAAACACAUCUACCACUGCGACGCGUGCGGGAUCUGCCGCAUUGGCCGCGGCCUAGGCCUCGACUACUUCCACUGCGAGAAAUGCAACGCGUGCAUGGCGAUCGCGCUGCAGGGGAGGCAUAGAUGCAUUGAGCGGAAUUUGGAGUGUGAUUGUCCGAUCUGUGGGGAGUUUAUGUUUACUAGUACUAGUACUGUUAUCUUCAUGCCCUGCGGCCACUGCAUCCACCAAACCUGCCACUCAACCCACAUUCAAACCUCCUACCAAUGCCCGACCUGCCUCAAAUCCCUCGCCGACAUGACCCGCUACUUCUCCCGCAUCGACGCCAUGCUCGCCUCGCACACCAUGCCCGCCGAGUACGCCGACCUCGUCUCGAACGUGUAUUGCAAUGACUGUGAGAGGAGGACGAGGGCGAGGUACCAUUUUGUUUAUCAUAAGUGUGGAGGGUGUGGGGGGUAUAAUACGAAGGUUGUGGGGGUUGAGAGAGGAGGAGAGGGGGAGGAGGCGGGGGUGUGA